AUGCAUAUGCAGCAGUACUACACGUCGUCACCAGUGGCAAAAAUGUUCUACACUUUCGUACUUCCUCUCGUAUUCCUCUUCUUCACCUAUGUGGAAGCCCAGUACGGUGGUUAUAACCCGUGGAAUCCAUAUGGUCGAAACUACAAUCCAGCUCAACAGAACCCUUACCAGUAUAACGACUACAAUCGAUGGAAUCCGUUUAGCCCCAACUUCAAUCCCAUUCCACCCGGAACUUUUCAAGGUGGAGUGUUCAGUCCUGACUGGGCUAAAAAACUACAAGAGAGGAUAGAGCAGGAAGUCAAGAGCAGCCUGGAACACGCAGGCGUAGGCAACGGCAAUGGCAAUAUUGGAGUUAUCAACAACAAUNACAACAGAGAAUGGUCAGACGGUGGUGAAGGCGACGAUUGGCGGAAAAUCCUACACAGCUACGUUCCCGGGGACCAACACUUCGAUCUCUACUUACACGACAACCAAUUACAACAAUGGGCAGCUUGA